CCACCCCACCCAGCAAAAAAAAAAAUCCCAAAAAAAACCCCAAAAAACGAUGCUAAAAAUGAGUUUUACAAACACCAAGUCAGUUCUUCCUGGCUGAACCCGUAGGAAAAAAAAAAACAAAAAACCCAAAAAAAAAAAAAAAAAUCCCAAAAAUCCCAAAAUCCAGGAAUUCCUAAAAUCCCCCACAAGAGGCCAAACAUGCCUAUAAAUACAAUAUUUACACACAAACCCCACCCCAAAAAAUAACCAAACACACCCAAAAGUGCAUUUGUGGUUCAUAUCAAAAACCAUUAUUAUUCAUUAUUAUUAUUAUUAUUAAUUCUUUUUUUCUUCAUUAAAUCUGAAAGAUUGGCCUGCAAAGUUCGUUUGGUUUAUUAAUUAUUAUUAUUAUUAUUAUUACUAUUCUUUUUUUUAACCAUUUAGUAACUUUUCUCAUAUAUUUAUGAAAAUAAAUUAUACAGCCACUAUUCGAAUAAAUUAAACACACACCAAGAAAAAUUAAAAUUUAAAAUUAAAAAUUAAAAAAAAAAAAAAAAAUUAAGCAAAAGCUGCUUUUUUGUUGUUGUUGUUGUUUGUUUUGUUUUUUUUUUUUUAAUUCCAAAGGGUGAUUCCCAAAAAUCCUGGUGAGGUCCUGCUGGAAUUCUGCUCGUUCCUACUCCAAAAUUGAGGCUGGGAAGUUCCUGGGGUUUGGGGUGAAGGCUGGACUGGGAGCACUGGGAGCACUGGGAGAACCCCAGAAUGGGAUUUUGGGGCACUGGGAGCACUGGGAGAAUCCCAGGAUGGCACUGGGAGCACUGGGAAUGUCCCAGACUGGCACUGGGAGCUGCCCAGAGUGGAUUUUGGGGCGCUGGGAGAACCCCAGAGUGGCACUGGGAGCACUGGGAGAACCCCAGAGUGGCACUGGGAGCACUGGGAGAACCCCAGAAUGGGAUUUUGGGGCACUGGGAGCACUGGGAACAUCCCAGGAUGGGAUUUUGGGGCACUGGGAGCACUGGGAACAUCCCAGGAUGGGAUUUUGGGGCACUGGGAACACCCCAGGUUUGAACUGGGAGCACUGGGAGAACCCCAGGAUGGCACUGGGAGCACUGGGAACGUCCCAGAGUGGGACUGGGAGCACUGGGAGAACCUCAGGAUGGCACUGGGAGCACUGGGAGAACCCCAAGAUGGGAUUUUGGGGCACUGGGAGCACUGGGAGAAUCCCAGGAUGGCACUGGGAGCACUGGGAAUGCCCCAGACUGGCACUGGGAGCUGCCCAGAGUGGAUUUUGGGGCGCUGGGAGAACCCCAGAGUGGCACUGGGAGCACUGGGAGAACCCCAGAAUGGGAUUUUGGGGCGCUGGGAGAACCCCAGGAUGGGAUUUUGGGGCACUGGGAGCACUGGGAACAUCCCAGGAUGGCACUGGGAGCACUGGGAGAACCCCAGAAUGGGAUCUGGGGGCACUGGAAACACCCCAGGUUUGAACUGGGAGCACUGGGAGAACCCCAGGAUGGCACUGGAAGCACUGGGAGCACCCCAGAGUGGGAUUUUGGGGCACUGGGAGCACUGGGAGAAUCCCAGGAUGGCACUGGGAGCACUGGGAAUGUCCCAGAGUGGAUUUUGGGGCACUGGGAGAACCCCAGAGUGGCACUGGGAGCACUGGGAGAACCUCAGGAUGGCACUGGGAGCACUGGGAGAACCCCAGAAUGGGAUUUUGGGGCACUGGGAGCACUGGGAGAACCCCAGGAUGGGAUUUUGGGGCACUGGGAACACCCCAGGAUGGCACUGGGAGCACUGGGAACGUCCCAGAGUGGGACUGGGAGCACUGGGAACAGCCCAGGGUAAAUUUUUAGGGACUGGGAGAACCCCAGGAUGGGAUUUUGGGAUUUUUGGGAAGGGGAUCCCCCAAUCCAAGGGAAUUUUUGGGGUGGGGAUCCCCCAAUCCCAGGGAAUUUUUGGUUUUCCCUCACCCAGCCCCAUGAGGUAUUUCCAUGGAUUUUGCAGCUCAGUUUCACCUGGAAUAUUUAAGGAUUUGGGUUUUUUUUUUUUUUUUUUUCUUUCCUCCAAAUCCCAGCUGGAGGAAGAGGUUUUGUAG